AUGAUGGCUGAAAUGGAACAUCCUACCCAGCAAGGAGUCUGCAGGAUGAUAGGCUAUUGCAUCUUGGUCCUGUGUCUCCUACCACAGAUGACAUGGGCUACAGUGAGCUACAAGCAGGGGGAUCCCGUAACCCUAUACGUCAAUAAAGUUGGUCCUUACCAUAACCCCCAGGAAACAUAUCAUUACUACAUGUUGCCUGUUUGCAGGCCAAAAGAGGUCAGUGAAUACAUAUGCAUAUGCAAAUAUAUGACUAAUGAUUUUAUGCUUGUACGGCUCUUCAGUUAAAUUAAAUGUAUGUUUGCAGUACUGUAUAUUAUAUCUCUAUUAGGACUUGGCAUACAAUGUCUGAGAACCUUUUUUCCCCAGGUGCACCACAAGUCCCUUAGUCUGGGAGAAGUGCUUGAUGGAGAUCGGAUGGCAGAGUCCCUGUAUGAAAUCAAAUUCAGGGAGAAUACAGAAAAAAAGUCGCUCUGCCAGCUAAGAUUAACAGAAAAAGAGGUAUUUGCAUUCGGACAAAAUACACACAACUUCACAGUACAUUGCAUAAAUGAAAGGUGUACCUGAGUCUAAUUGGUGACGUUUUUCCUUUAUGGCUCCUUUCUUGUAGGUGGACCAGCUCCGAGACGCCAUAGAGGAGCUGUAUUACUUUGAGUUUGUUCUGGAUGACAUUCCCACCUGGGGCUUUGUGGGGUACAUGGAGGAGAGUGGCUUCCUGCCUCAUAGUCAUAAGGUGGAUCAGUCGUUCGUCCUUUAGUUCUCUCUCCCUUUACAUCCCAGUACAGACCCAUGGCUUAGCCCAGAUACAUGUCUAUCUGCUCUCACUGUGUGUCUGUGUGUCUGUCUGUGUGUGUGUUUGUGUACACAGGUGGGGCUGUGGACACACCUGGACUUCAACAUCGAGUACAACGGCGACUCAGUGAUCUUCGCCAACGUCUCAGUGAAAGACUCCAAGCCAGUGCCCCUGGAGGAAGGUGGCGGUGGUGCCGGACACGGGGCGGUGGGGACAGGUGGCGGGCUGGCACUGUCCUUCACCUACAGCGUGCACUGGUUCGAGAGCCCUCUGACCCACGCCCGGCGGGCAGAGAGGCUGAGGGACUACUCGUUCUUCCCCAAGACCCUGGAGAUCCACUGGCUGUCUAUCAUCAACUCUCUGGUGCUGGUGGUGCUACUGCUGGGCUUCGUCAUCAUCAUCCUCAUGAGGGUCCUCAAGAACGACUUCGCCAGGUGACCAAUUAGGGGACGGACUGGGGAUGAUUAGACAUUGUAAUGAUACUCUGUUUCACCGGAGAGGUCAUAUUGGUAUUGAAUGCAACAGUUUGGGCAUGUAAGAGUAGGUCUAUUUGUGGCUAUGAAUCAUGUUUAAAUGGGAUUAUGUCUGGAAAUGGUAGCUAAAUUGUGUGGGAAUUACUUUUCCAUUGCUCAAGCUCUUUCUUGCUUCCUGUUGUUCCUGUAGGUACAAUGUUGAGGAGGGCAGCUGUGACGAUCUGGACCAAGGGGAUAAUGGCUGGAAGAUCAUCCACACGGACGUCUUCCGGUUCCCCCCUUAUAAAAGCCUGCUGUGUGCCGUGUUGGGAGUGGGGGCUCAGUUUCUAACCCUGGCCACAGGUAACCAUCAACACACCGGUUUAACACUCAUAAUCAUACAAUUACUGCCUCUCAGAAUACAGAAUCGUAAUCCAGGAAAAUCUAAGAGCAGAUCAGGUUGAAUUUGACCGUUUGUUUAUGGUUGUGUGACGUUUGACACCUAGUUCUAGCGUUCAGCAAAUGCGAUCGCAUUCCUUUCCCCUUGUUACUUCCCAUUGCACGGGGAUUGAAUGUCUGUGUGACAUAAGAACUGGAAAUCUGAUAAGCGCACACACACAGAACAUGGGUGUGAAUGUACACGGAUAUGCCAGUGACAAAGUAGUCAGUAGAAAUUGAGAGGUAUUGUUAUCACGACAGACUCCUUCCCCCAAGCUCUCCCAUUUGACCCCUGUGUGUCUUGUUGCUGUAGGGAUCAUCGUCAUGGCGCUGCUGGGAAUGUUUAACGUGCAUCGCCAUGGUGCCAUCAACUCGGCUGCCAUCAUGCUGUACGCGUUGACGAGCUGCGUGUCAGGAUACUGCUCCUGUAGCUUCUACACACAGAUACAUGGCCAGCGCUGGGUCUGGAAUAUCCUCCUCACCUCCUCACUCUUCUCAGGUGACUGGACAGAUUUGGUCUUAUGAAUCAUGCCAUGCAUAUCGUAAAUGUCAUGUUAUAUUCCAUAUAUAUUUUUGUUAAGUCUGGUAGAGUUUCAAUUACGAUAAAACUUUUACACAGUAUGUGUCUAUUUACUUUUCAGCAGGAUGUGUGUACAGUGCCUUGAACUGUUCAGUCUCAAUUAACCUAAAGCUUCUCUGUCUCUUCUCUCUGUCUCUGCUUGCACCUGACUCUCUGCCCUCUCUUUCCCUCCCUCCCUCCUUUUCUCUCCCUUCUUCCCUCUCUCCACCCAUCUCUCCUUGAUACCCACCCUCUUUUCCUCCUUCCUUCAUUCCCUCCCUCCCUGCCACCUAACCCUCCAUCCCUCCUCCAGCUCCCCUGUUCCUGACUUGGAGUGUGGUGAACUCAGUCCACUGGUGGAGCGGCUCCACCCAGGCCUUGCCUGCCUCCACAGUGUUGCUGCUGCUGGGGGCCUGGGUCCUGGUGGGUUUCCCUCUCACCGUCAUCGGGGGCAUCGUGGGCAAGAACCAAGCAGGCAACUUCCAGGCGCCCUGUCGCACACGCAACAUUGCCCGCCAGAUCCCCACGCAGCCCUGGUACAAGCACAUGGCCGUGCACAUGGCCAUAGGGGGCUUCCUGCCUUUCAGGUGUGUGUGUGUGUGAAUGCGUGUUUGUUCCUAGUGAAAUUAAGAUCAAUAUAACACAGAGUUCCAUUGCUGAAUCGUGAGUCAGCGUUUUCCCCCGUCUCAGUUAUACGACUGUCGCUCUGAGCUUGUCUAAUCUCCCUUCGGUGGCAACGACUCAUUACAUAUAAAACUAAUCGAUCACAUUUUAUUUGUGGUCUGGCUUUUUAGUAGCUCAGUUAUUUGUCACAGAACACUGAACACCGACAAUCCAUCUAUUGUGUAUAGCCUUGUCUUGUUGCUAAACAUUUCUCUCCCUUUCUCUAUGACAUAAAGAGUGUAUAUCCUGCCCAAUCUCUCCCUCAGUGCUAUCUCAGUGGAGCUGUACUACAUCUUUGCCACCGUGUGGGGCCGUGAGCACUACACCCUGUACGGCAUCCUCCUCUGCGUGUUCGCCAUCCUCCUCUCAGUAGGCGCCUGCAUCUCGGUGGCGCUCACCUACUUCCUGCUGUCGGGCGAAGACUACCGCUGGUGGUGGCGCAGCGUGCUGUGCACGGGUUCCACGGGCCUCUUCAUCUUUGUCUACUCCGCGUUUUACUACUGCAACCGUUCUAGUAUGAGUGGCCUGGUGCAGAGCGCAGAGUUCUUUGGUUACUCUCUCCUCACAGCGAUGGUCUUCUCUCUCAUGCUGGGAACGGUCUCCUUCUGGACCUCGCUAGUCUUCAUUCGUUACAUCUACCGCAGCCUCAAGAUGGACUAA